AUGGGUAAACCCAAAGGAGAUGCUGCAAGGAGCAAGGCUCGUCCUUCAAGCAGCAGCUUGGCAGCUUCUCUGUUGCCGUCUGGCUCUGCAGCCGCUGCUGUAGGUUUUGGUGGCUAUGUCGGUAGCUCUAGGUUCGAUACUUCUCUGUCAAACGAAGACUCUGCUGCUCCCUUCUUGGAUUUGGAUAGUGAGGUGGCCCAACACUUGCAACGGCUUUCAAGGAAGGAUCCUACAACAAAGAUUAAAGCUCUUGCUUCCUUGUCAGAGUUGCUUAAGCAGAAGAAAGGGAAGGAACUUUUGCCAAUAAUUCCACAAUGGACAUUUGAGUACAAGAAGUUGAUACUGGACUACAAUAGAGAUGUUCGGCGAGCUACGCAUGACGUCAUGAGUAAUGUUGUCACUGGUGUCGGGAGAGAUUUAGCACCUCAUCUAAAGUCUAUAAUGGGGCCCUGGUGGUAUUCGCAGUUUGAUUUGGCUUCUGAAGUUUCUCAAGCAGCAAAGUCGUCUUUGCAGGCAGCUUUCCCUGCUCAGGAAAAGAGAUUGGACGCCUUGAAUUUAUGUUCAGCUGAGAUUUUUGCUUAUUUGGAGGAAAAUCUCAAACUUACACCGCAAAAUUUAUCUGAUAAAGCACUUGCUUCAGAUGAAUUAAAAGAAAUGCACCAGCAGAUGAUAUCGUCAUCUCUGGUGGCGUUGGCCACACUACUAGAUAUUUUGCUCCACGAACCUGAUAAAGCUGGCUCUGCAAACGUUAAUGCCGAAUCAAAACUUGCCUUGAAGGCUAGGAGAGUAGCAACCUCCUCAGCUGAGAAGUUGUUCUCUUUCCAUAAAUGCUUUCUGAACUUUCUAAAAUCUGAAAGCCCAAGUAUCCGGUCAGCCACUUAUUCUUUGUUGAGCAGCUUCAUUAAAAAUGUUCCUGAAGUCUUUGGUGAAGGUGAUGUCAGAUGUCUUGCACCAGCUCUGCUUGGUGUUUUUCGAGAAAAUAACCCAGCCUGCCACUCAGCAAUGUGGGAGGCUGUCUUGCUGUUCUCUAGAAAAUUUCCUCAAAGUUGGGCCCACUUAAAUGUUCAUAAAUCUGUUCUAAAUCAUUUGUGGCAGUUUCUUAAAAACGGGUGCUUUGGAUCCCCACGGGUUUCUUAUCCAGCAUUGAUAUUGUUCCUGGAAGUUAUGCCAAAACAAUCUGUAGAAGCUGAUAAGUUCUUUGUGAAUUUUUUCAAAAACUUAUUGGCCGGGAGGAGUAUGUGUGAUUCUUCAAGCACGGAUCAAUUAUCACUUCUGCGAGCAACCACUGAAUGUUUCCUCUGGGGAUUACGUAAUGCUUCAAGGUAUUGUGAUGGUCCCAAUUCCAUUCACGAUCUCCAAGUUGAUCUUAUUGAUAAAGUUCUCGUGAAGAUUCUAUGGGCAGACUUCUUUGACCUAUCUAAGGGCAGCAUUCCACCUAUUCCUAGGAAGCCAGCUGAAGCUCUGAGCAUGGGAAAUUCAUUUAGUUAUCUGCAAGAGCUAGGAAGAUGCAUCUUAGAAAUUCUUUCAGGGAUUAAUUUGCUUGAACAGAACCUGCUGUCUUUUUUCUGUAAUGCUGUUCAAGAGAGCUUCUUGAAUAUGCUUCAGCAGGAAAAUUUAGAGAUAGUUACGGGUAGCGUGAGAAGAAUGAUUGACUUUCUCUUGUUAUUUGAGAGAUUUUCAGUUUUGGAAGGUGAGAGUUGGCCCUUGGAUCAAUUUAUGGGGCCACUGCUGUCCAAAGCUUUCCCGUGGAUAAAAUCAUCUGAAAUGUUAGAUGGUUUGAAACUUUUGUCAGUUUCAGCAUCAGUGUUUGGACCGAGAAAGAUAGUUCCAGUGCUAAUUGGUGAUGUAGAGACUUCUACUCUUCUCCCUGUUGAGAAAGGGAGAGAUAUGAGCACAGAGAAGUUUAUUAAAGUUUUUCAAGAAAUCUUUAUUCCUUGGUGUAUGGAUGGAUAUGACUCUUUGACUCCGGCUAGACAAGAUCUCCUGCUUUCAUUACUUGAUGAUGAAUGUUUCACUCAGCAAUGGAGUGAUGUCAUUUCUCAUGUAUUUAAUGAACAAGAUCAGGGCUUCAAUAACUUCGCUGCUAUGAAAAUGCUUUUAGAGAAGGCAAGGAAGGAAAUUACAAAAAGAAGUUCCGGGCAGGAGCUGAAUCAAAGAAUAGGCUCCCGGCCAGACCAUUGGCAUCAUAGACUCAUAGAAUCAACUGCUAUAAAUCUUGUUCGUUCCUCCCCAACGACUACAACAUCUACUUCUCAGUUCCUGUGUUCAGUUCUGGGUGGUUCAACUGAAGACAGCAGUAUUUCUUUUGUGUCGAGAAGCUCUUUGGUCUUGAUAUAUAGAGGGAUCCUCGAAAAUCUGCUAUCUUUUAUCAAACAGUCACCACUAUGUUCAGUCAAUGAUACAUGUUCCUCUCUUAUUGCUGAGGCUGUUGAUAUAGAGUUUGAUUUGAGCAGUUCUGUAGAUGUGAUCGCGGUUGCUAAGUUUGCAGCAGAAGUUAUUGAUGGUAGUUUCUUCAGUUUAAAGGCUCUGAAUCAGGAUGUCACUCUAUUUUCAACUAUUUGGUCUUCUAUCUUUAUCAUUGACUUGGAGGGUAGAAUGACAUCACUAGUGGACAAUACGCUAUAUGAGCUCAAAGAGAAGAGAAAGGAUCGGAAUCUUGUGUGUGAUUUUGUUCAUGCUGUUUGCUCUAAGAUGAAUAAUCAGUUCUGGAAAUCCAUAAACUAUGAUGUUCGGAAGAGUUCAGCAAGCAUUUUGGUUCAGUCCAUAAGGUCAGUUGUUCUACUUGAGGAUGAUCUGCAACCUUCUCAACUCACAUUAUUGUGUGUUUGGAUGAUCGAGGUGUUGGAAUAUCAUUCGUUGGAUCAAAGUGAUGAAGAAAAUAUAUGUUGCCUGCUCCUGCUUGAGAGUGAUGUAUGGCCUAUGUGGGUCAGCCCCAGCUCGUCAGCUAGCAUAAAUACCUAUGGUGUGCCUGUUCAUUUGAGCGAAUUGAGGAAAUCCAAGAGUCAAAGAUUUGUUUCUUUCAUUAACAGCCUGAUCAUGGAAAUGGGUAUUCACCGAUUUCUUGUUGACCACAAAGAUAAUGGGUUUGCCUCUCAAGCUUGGCUUUCCGCAGAAAUACUCUGCACAUGGGAGUGGCCAGGGGGUAAUGUUCAGAAUUUUUUCCUGCCAACGCUCGUCUCAUUUUGUAAGAGUGAACCAUCGAGUGGAGGUUUGCUAGAUUCCAUUUUUGACAUUCUACUCAAUGGUGCUCUUGUGCAUGGAGAGGAUGAGAGAGAGAGCUUAGGGAGCAUGUGGUUUGACUAUAAUAAUCACAUAGAGGACGUCGAAGAACCAUUUUUGAGGGCUCUAGUGUCAUUGCUUUCCACUUUGUUCAAGGAGGACCUUUGGAGAGAAGAGGAAGCCAUGAAUGCUUUCAAAAUGCUCACAGACAAACUCUUCAUAGGGGAAGAGACAAGCAAAAACUGUUUGAGAAUCUUUCCUUUCAUUAUGAGCAUAAUAAUCUCACCAUUACGCAGAAAAAUCAAAUCUGGUGUUUCUGGUGAAGAUACUCUGCUGCCACUGGACGUUUUCCUUACAGGUUGGCUGGAGAGGUCUUUGUCGUUUCCUCCUUUGGUGCUCUGGCAAAGUGCAGAAGAUAUGCAGGAUUGGUUUCAGCUUGUUAUCUCUUGUUAUCCCGUGAGAGAAAAGGCUGAAGAAGCAAAGGAACUACAGAGGCAUGUGAGCAAUGAAGAGAGAGCACUCCUGCUGGACUUGUUCCGCAAGCAAAAGCAAGGUCCUGGUGCAUCAAGCGUAGUGACCCAACUUCCAGCUGUCCAAAUUCUACUCGCAAGACUAAUAGUGAUCGCAGUUAGUUACUGUGGAAACGAUUUUAAUGAGGAAGAUUGGGAUUUUGUCUUUUCUAAUUUGAAGCGUCUGAUUCAGUCUGCAGUAGUUGUGAUGGAGGAAGCUUCUGAGAACGUCAAUGAUUUCAUUAAUGGCGUUUCUUCCAUGGACAAGGAGGAUGAUACUCUUGAGGGACUUGGGCAUAUUGUUUCUAUUUCUGAUCCUUCUAUAGACAAUGCUAAGAAUGCUCUCUCAGCAUUUUCCUUGCUUAAUGCAUUAGUAAAACAUAAAUCAGUUGACAAUCUGAAUUCCUUGGCCGAUGAAACAUGGGAUCCGGUGAAAGAUCGGAUACUUGAAGGUGUUCUGCGCCUUUUCUUCUGCACCGGUCUUGCCGAGGCUAUUGCUGCUUCAUAUUCCUCAGAGGCAGCAUCUAUUGUUGCUUCAUUUCGAGCUGAUUAUUUGCAGUUCUGGGAGUUGGUGGCUCAACUUGUAGUGGACUCUUCUCCACGUGCAAGAGAUAGAGCUGUCAGAGCAGUGGAAUUUUGGGGUCUAAGCAAGGGGGCCAUAAGCUCUUUGUAUGCAAUAAUGUUCUCUUCCAAUCCAAUCCCUUCAUUGCAACUUGCUGCCUACAUUGUAUUGUCUACCGAACCUAUUUCCAGGCUGGCCAUUGUUGCUGAUGGGAAUGUAUCACUGAGUGAUGAGUCUCUCAAUGAUCAGGACUUAAGCAAUGAUGGCUUGCCAUCUGAAGACAAGUUACGGCUAAGAGAUGAAAUAUCUUGUGUGGUUGAGAAGUUAAAUUAUGAACUUCUUGAUACGGAUUUAACUGCGCCAGAAAGGGUGCAAACAUUCCUGACAUGGUCUUUGUUGCUCUCGCAUGUUAACUCUUUACCUUCACUAACACAAGGACGAGAGAGACUGGUGCAUUACAUAGAGAGGACUGCAAAUCCGUUGAUAUUAGAUAGUCUUUUUCAGCAUAUUCCUCUAGAAUUAUACAUGGCACAGAGCUUGAAGAAGAAAGAUGGGGAAAUUCCACCCGAGUUAUCUGUGGUAGCAUCUGCAGCAACUCUUGCAAUUACGACGGGGUCGUCCCUGUCAACCGUUGAGUCACUCUGGCCUAUUGAAACUGGAAAAAUGGCUUCUCUUGCUGGGGCGAUAUAUGGUCUGAUGCUACGUGUCCUCCCAGCUUACGUUAGAGAAUGGUUUAGUGAAAUGCGUGAUCGAUCUGCAUCAUCUAUGAUAGAAGCAUUUACAAGAUCGUGGUGUAGCCCUUCUUUAAUAGAGAACGAACUGUCUCAGAUAAAGAAGGCAGACUUUAAUGAUGAGAGCUUUUCAGUCAGCAUAAGUAAAUCAGCAAACGAAGUGGUUGCUACAUAUACAAAGGAUGAAACCGGGAUGGAUCUCGUAAUCCGUCUCCCAGUUUCUUACCCACUCAGGCCUGUUGAUGUCAGUUGCACAAAAAGUAUUGGAAUAAGCGAUGCGAAGCAAAGGAAGUGGUUGAUGUCUAUGCUAAUGUUUGUUCGUAAUCAGAACGGGGCUCUGGCGGAGGCGAUAAGAAUAUGGAAGCGGAACUCGGACAAGGAAUUUGAAGGAGUAGAGGACUGUCCGAUAUGUUACAGUGUGAUUCACACAGUGAAUCACAGCCUUCCAAGGCGGGCUUGCGUGACAUGCAAAUACAAGUUUCACAAAGCAUGUUUAGACAAGUGGUUCUACACAUCUCAUAAGAAACUCUGCCCCUUGUGCCAAUCUCCUUGCUGA